AUGAAGCUCUUUGUGUUGCUCCUCUGCUUGGCAGGGCUGGUCCCUGCUGGCUGCAACGUGAUUCAGUUCGGUUCAAUGAUCAAGCACAAGACAGGGAAAUCAGCGCUCUCCUACAAUGGAUACGGCUGCUACUGCGGCCUGGGGGGAUCCAAACAGCCGCUGGAUGCGACCGACAGGUGCUGCCAUGCCCACGACUGCUGCUACAAGAAGAUGUCCUCCUCUCGCUGCAGCCCCAAACUGGUCACGUACAAACACUCCAUCCAGGGAAGCAAGAUAACGUGCGGAUCCGGGACUUGGUGUCAAAGAGGGAGCUGCGAGUGCGACAGGCGGGCGGCAGAGUGCUUCCAGAGGGCAGCCAGGACAUUCCGGAGCUCCUACAGGAAUUACCCCAACUCCCUGUGCAAGGGCUCCACUCCCUCCUGUUGA